AAUUUGAUUUUGAAUUGAUUUAUUCUUUUAUUUAUUUUCUCUUUUUCAUUUUUAUUGAAUAUUAAUUAGUAAAUGCACAUAUCUAUUUUAUAAAUUAUAUUAUUUUAAUUAUUUUUUAUUUGCAUUUCCCCCUCUUAACUUUCCCUUUUUUUUAUCUUACUAUUGCUUUUUAUAUCUUGUAUUUCUGUCUUUAAAACUGUGUCACCGAGGGAAUUAUGACACAGAUAGAGAAAUAAAAAAUAAAUAUAAAAAUUCAACUAAAUAAGUUGUGCAAUUAAUACAAAGGAAAAAUAAAUAAAGCAAAAAAAAAAACAAUAUCACAUUUUAUAAAUAAAUAAAUGCCUACAUUUUAAAAAAACAUUCAAUUUAAUACAUUUAACUGCAUUUUUAAUGUAUGUAUUGUUGUUGUUUAUCUUCUUAAAUACCUUAUAUAUAUAUAUCCUAAAAAUAACAAAAAAUAAAUGAAGACAAAGAUAACUUCAGGCUAGAUUUUUAAAGAUUUACUGCAACAGAAACUAAAGAGAUGAAAAGACAGAGUGUGUGAGUGUGUGGGUGAACAGUACAGAGUGAAAUGUGUGUGUCUGUGUGUGUAUUUGUGUGUGUGUGUGUGUGUGUGUGUGUGUUUGUGUGAGUACCACCUGUCAGCAGCUCCUCACCACUUCCUGUUCCAUUUGAAGACGACAGAAGAAGUCGCAGCAUCGUUGUCUUCAGUCCUUCGUCUCCGUUAGAAGAAUAAAGGUCCUCUUGGUUCGGGAUGGAGCUGCAGAUAUGGACGUGUGUCCUGCUGGUCCUCGCUGCUCUGUGUCCCCCGGCAGAGGCGGCGACGCAAGUGUAUGACCCUCAACUGUGUUACAUCCUUGACGGUUUCCUUGGUCUGUACGGUCUUAUCAUCACCGGGAUGUUCAUCAAGGAGAAGUUCUUCACAACCAAAGUGAAGGAGGAGAACAUCUACAGCGAUCUGCGCGGUCAGGAGGAGGCGCCUUACGCCCCGCUGAUGAAAGGACAUCCUGAAGACGGAAGAGGAAGAAACCGCAGGGCGAAGGACGAUACGUACACGGGCUUGAACCCGCGUACGGAGGAAGCAUACAAGGAACUUCCUGUAAGAGAGCGUCAGAAAAAGGGCGAGCAGGUCUACCAGGGUCUGAGCACGGCCAGCAGAGACACCUACGACUCGCUGCAGAUGCAGCCGCUUCCUCCUCGCUAACGGCGCCCACCGCCUCACUUGUCAGCCAUUGUUGCUGUUUCUAUGGCGACGAUAAGAGGAGGAACCGUUUCACCGUCCAGCUUUUAUUUAGGAGAUUUAAAAGGUUUCCUUGGGAUAUGAGUACAAACAGAAAUCUGUGUUUUUUUAAUUAAAUCAUUAAAAAAUAUCUUAUGGAGUUCCUUCAAUAAGAAAAUUAUAUUAAAUAUAUAUAGCGUUUUAAAAAAUAUUAUUUUUGGAAUCCUAUCGAGUAAAUUCAUUUCUUCAUUAACCCCAAAUUUGUGGUGAAUCUCUUAAUUUUAAAUUUGUCUUUUUAAAGGAAAACGCACUCCAAUAAUAACCGUAUGCAUGAAUUUACACCUCAAGUUUUAAAUACCUACCUUAAAAUAUUACAAUUAUUACACAUUUUAUAAGUGUAUUAAGGCAUUUUAAUGGGAUAAUUGAAAUAUGAUAUAUUAAAGUAAUUUAAAGUAACAUUUGUGUAACCCUCUAUAAACCCAAAUGAAUGACUUAAUUUUCACCUGUUAAUUUGAAAAUUGAAAAAAAUCCUUAACCUCCUUACAUUGUAUUAAUUAGUCUAUAUUCUUCCUUUAUUCUUUCCUCUUUAAACACCCUUUAAAAUUUAAAUGUAUUCAUUUCUCCAUAAUAUCCAUCUAUUGACCCCAAAUUAUUUUAUAAAAUUUUCAAAAAGUAAAUAAUGAAAAAAAAACCCAACAACUUCUAAGGUAAUUUUUUUGUACAUUUUAUCUCUUGAAAAAAACCCUUAACCUUUUUACAAUUUAUUAAUCCUUCUACACUUUACCUGCAUGAAGUAUUAGAUAUGUAUUAUACCAAUACUGAAUGAAAAAAACUCUUAAAAUAUCACAAUUAUUACACCUUAAAUUUGAUUAGAUUAAACAGCAGAAAGAUUUGGGUUGGGUUAUUUUGGGACUUUGUGUACAUAUUUGUGAAAAUCCAAAUAAGUCUUCAGGAUCAAUCACUUAAAAAAUAUAAAAUGAAUUAGUAAUUAAUUACUUAAUAAAAUGAGAUUAAAAAAAAUAAAACAGAUUAAAUUUUGGUUGAACUUGAAACUUUGUUGAUUUUAGAGACUUAUGUACAAAAUAUAAAUAUAAUAUUAAUAGUUUCACUGUAUCAUCUUGAAGAAAUAUCAGGUGAAUUAUACAUGUAAUUUGACUAAACACGACAAAUUAUUUUCUUUGAAUGUUUAAAGCUUUUUAUGUUAAAUAACCAAUUUUAUUGCAGAAAAACAUAUAUAUCUAAAACUCAAAACAAGACUUAAUAUUUGUUGUAUUGGUACUUUCAGGUUGGCAAAACAAAGAAGCAUUUUCUAACUUUAAAUGUUUAUCUGGAUUUGUAUUGAUGGAGAUGUAAACAACCAGCAGCUGAUUAUCAUUUAUCAUAAUUCUCGACUUAAAGCUGCACUCGUAUGGAGUUCAAUAUUGAAAUUUUAAAAAAGGUAUACAUUUAUAAAUCAUCAUCACAGAUGAAAUAUAAACAUAAAAUUGUAAAUAAAAACAAUUAAAAAAAAUAUUUCAGCUUAUUUUAAUUCAAUUGCAGCAGUUUUUAUAUGAAAAUGUACCAAAAAAUAAAUGAAGGUAUUAAUUAAAGUUUGUGUUUUAAUUAGCUUCUUUUUUUUCACUUACCUUUGUUUACCUUUCUUUUAGGAUCAUAUAUAAAUAAAUACAUUCAUAGAUUAAAAAAUAAAUAGAUUUGAUAUUUAAUAAAAUUAUUCAAUGAGAAAAUUUUAAUUAAAAAAUUAAAAUAUGGAUGGAAAUAAAUAAAUGAACACAAAAGUAAAUAAAUAAACAGAAAUAUAAAUUUCACAUUUAACAAUUAAUUGAUUAAUGCCUUCAUUUAUUUUUUUAUUUUUUGGGGCAGCUUCAGUUUCAUAUAUUCAGACAAUAUAAAAAGAAUUGUAAUUGUAUUUUGCAGCUUUAAGCUUUUUAUUAAUUUUACUAGGAAGCUUUGAUUGACCUGAUGUCACUUUUCAAAAACCAAUGAUGAGUUUGGUUCUGAUAUUUUCCUGAGAAUUGUUUCUAAAUGAAUAUUUUGCUUGUUAUGUUUGCUCAAGUUUAUUUCUGUUAUCAGUGUAUUAAAAACAUGUCUUAAUAAAUCUAACUU